AAUGGAAGAUCUGUUAUGAAGCUCAACACAAGGAUCUUUUUUUCUGAUUUGAUCAUCUGGAAACGUUUUUAUAACACACUAGUAUAUUUUAUUGACAUAAAAACAAGCUUAAGGAUCUAAACCUGACUCGAAAGAGAAGUUAGCUAGGUAUUUGAUGUUCAGGAGCACUCAUGAAUACACGCAGGCGACACACUCCAAGGAGCACCCAGGAAGGGGUUUACACUGGGCCUUCUCAGACCCAGACCCAGACCCAGCUGCUCCAGCCACUGGAGACCCCUCUGUCGGUUCCUCUUCCUCUCGUUCCUCCUGUAGAUGCCAUCAGCAUGUCCUGCAGAGACCGUACCACUGAGUUUCAGUCUGUGUGCAAGUCGCUUCAGGGGAGAAUGAAUGGAGCACAGGGCAUUAAACCAGUUCACACUGCUGUCAGAGAGAGGAGUGACUUCACACUCAUUGCAAAGAGAAUUGGCAGGGACCUUAGCAACACCUUUGCAAAACUGGAGAAGCUAACGAUAUUGGCCAAGCGGAAAUCCCUGUUUGACGAUAAAGCAGUGGAAAUUGACGAGUUGACGUACAUCGUGAAACAGGAUAUUAACAGCUUGAAUAAACAAAUAGGCCAACUCCAGGAGCUUGUCCGAUCCAGAAAGGGGCAAAACAGCAGACAUCUUCAAACACAUUCCAAUACCAUUGUUGUAUCACUGCAGUCAAAAUUGGCAUCAAUGUCGAGUGACUUCAAGUCAGUUCUGGAAGUAAGAACAGAGAACCUGAAGCAACAAAAAAGCAGACAAGAGCAGUUCUCUCAAUCACCAGCCUCCGCUUCCUUCCAUAACUCCAACUUCAGCAAUUCAGUAUUGAUGCAGGACAAUUCAAAGAAAGCAGAUGUCUCCAUAGACAUGGAUCUCAGUUCCAGCCAGCAGAUGCUUCUCCUCGAUGAAAAGGAGUCUUAUAUUCGACGAGCCAACACUAUGCAAAACAUUGAGACUACUAUCGUAGAGUUGGGAUCCAUUUUCCAGCAGUUGGCCCACAUGGUGAAAGAGCAGGAAGAGACCGUGCACAGGAUCGACGCUAACGUAGAAGACACUCAGCUCAAUGUGGACUUUGCUCAUACGGAAAUUCUAAAGUACUUUCAGUCCGUCUCCAACAAUCGCUGGUUGCUCAUCAAAAUCUUCCUCAUCCUCAUCGUGUUCUUUUUUAUCUUUGUCGUCUUCUUGGCUUGAUUCCAUUGGACAACCGGACAAUUCAGAGCAGUCUCCAAAAAAAGAAAGGAUUGCAUGAGGGAGUUAAAAUGUAAAAUAAACAGGGAUCCCUCAGCUUUGGUGCGAUUAGAGACUUUAACGUGUUUAUAAAUAAUGUGACUUUACCGAAUCUGCACCUUUGGAUCAUGAGCAGUGUUAUUUGAUACUACUAAAGUAACUUCUGAUAGCAAGUUAUUUUAUUGUGGCCAAAAAAAAAAAAUUGUUUAAGUAGGCAAUUUUAUACACACACAAAAAACCCCCAACACAUCCUCCCUCUAUUUAUCGAUGUAGAUUAGAAGACAGGGUAGCUACACCACUGCGGCUGUAAAUGGCUUCUUUCAUUAUUGAUCAUUAGGCUUUGGAAUCAUAAUCACAAUGUGUAACUGGUUUUAUGCACUCUGAUUGAGUUGCCAGGUUUAUGUUGAGACAGCGGUCUAGAUUCGAGCAAAACUCUUAUAUGGGGCGCAGUGCCAGCUGGGUCUCAUUUAAAACUAGCAUAUUCAGGAGUUCAGAAUCCUGCCAAUACCAUUUUAAUUUAUGGUCAGGAGUCAAGAGCUCAGUGCUCUGUCUGUCCCCUUGUCAAUCACAGUGACAUUAGCCAGCCGUGGGCUUUUGUGAGAUUGUGUUUGCGGAUGCGGAGGAUACCUUCACAUGCCUCAGCGGAUGCAUGUGCUAAUUUUAUCCUUCGAGAAUGGUAGCUGUUGUCUGAUAACGAGAGAGUUGCCUAGUGGGUGACAAAAAAAGUCUGUAAGUACAAUUGGCUUUAAUAAGAAGAAAGUUUUACUAGCAAUUGCAAUUAUUGAAAAAAGACCCACAUUUGCUAUAAGAGGUACUUCAGGAAUUUUCAUUUCCAAGACGACCAUUAUGCAUCAGCAGAACAUAAUUCAUAUCAUAAAGUGCAAUUUUAGGGAUUUAAAAUUCAAGGAUACAAAUGAAGACAAUAACAUUCCACUUCCUGUCAUGUACAGCUGUAUUUUUUAUCAGGGAAUAAAAGUUCAGCAGGUAAAUAUGUUUGAUCGUCUCUGGCUUGUUAAUGGGAAAACAUUCGCUCCGUCUACAGCCUUGUUCUUCUUUAACAGUGGCAGUUUGUCACUUUUUUCAAAAAUGCAAACAAUUUCUUAUUUCAUACUCACAGCCUGUGAUUUAGCAGAAAUUUCUGUUAUAAAAUUAGGUCAGAUUAUCUGUUUUACAUACUCUCGAGAAGCCUCUUAAAUUAUUGAUGUGAAAAUAAACAAAAUGCUGGUGAUUGUGUUUUA